UGUCAACACUGUGACAAAUCCUUCACAACAUCUGGACAUUUAAAGAUUCAUCAGAGAGUUCACAAUGGAGAUAAUCAACACAGCUGUGAUCAAUGUGGGACAGCUUUCACACUACAGAGUGCCCUAAAAAGACAUCAACGCAUUCAUACUGGAGAAAAGCCUUACAGUUGUGAUCAAUGUGGUACAACAUUUUCUAGGAGCGGUCACCUUAAAUUUCACCGACGUGUUCACACUGGAGAAAAGCCUUACAGCUGUGAUCAGUGUGGUACAUCAUUUUCUAGGAGUGACAGCCUUAAAUCUCACCAGCGCAUUCACACUGGAGAGAAGCCGUACUGGUGUGAACAACGUGGUAAAACUUUUUCUCAGAGCAGAAGCCUUAAAGCUCACCGACGUGUUCACACUGGAGAGAAGCCGUACAGGUGUGAACAAUGUGGGGAAAUGUUUUCUCAGAGUGGUACCCUUAAAACACAUAAUCGCAUUCACACUGGAGAGAAGCCGUACAGGUGUGAACAUUGUGGGGAAAUGUUUUCUCAUAGUGGUACCCUUAAAUCUCACCAGCGCAUUCACACUGGAGAGAAGCCGUACUGGUGUGAACAAUGUGGUAAAACUUUUUCUCAGAGCAGAAGCCUUAAAUCUCACCAACGUGUUCACACUGGAGAGAAGCCUUACCGGUGUGAACAAUGUGGGAAAAUGUUUUCUCGGAGUAGUAGCCUUGAAGCUCACCAGCGCAUUCACACUGGAGAGAAGCUGUACAGGUGUGAUCAAUGUGGGGCAGCUUUUGCUCAGAGUGGUAACCUUAAAAGACACCAGGUCAUUCACACUGGAGAGAAGCCGUACUGGUGUGAACAAUGUGGUAAAAAAUUUUCUCAGAGUGGUAGCCUUAAAAGACACCACCAGCGCAUUCACACUGCCUCGUAGUGAACAUGUUUCAGAGCCAAGCUGUUCCCUCCUGCCUCCUCCUCAUGCCCUGAUAGCUGAGUUGUUAUAUUCUGAUCUUCUCUCCACAUUGAAGGCUGACCAGAAGAAACUUUAUCUUCUGAACAGCAUGUAUGUUAUCCUGGCUAACACUAUACAUUACACUCCCUCCCUUUUGAAGGGAUUUUCUGAGUUCAGGGUUCAACUGCUAGUGCUUUUUAACUAAUGCUGCAACGAAGAAGUAUUUGUUGUUCUUAAUUCAUCACCUUGUAAAUAGAAUUUACAAAAAUCCCCAUCGCUGUUUACUAAGGUGAUGUCAAAUUGCUGAAAUAUUCAGUUUAUUGUCACUUAAGACGACAAAAGCUUUAAUCAGAACAUGGCUGCAAAAAAUUAUUUGAACAGUUAAUGUGUCUAAACUGCGUCUGUGCCGCCGCCAUCUUCGGACAGACAACUGAUCUUAAAGACUCGGACUCAGAAAAAGAUAGUUGUACUGCUUUUGGAAUUUCACGGAUGAAAACUGUGUUUUACAAUAUUAUACUAUUACGAGAGUGUUGAAUUUAAUAUCACAAAAGGUAACAUUAAUCCUUCUUUUAAGCUAACAGGAAGUUAAGUGACUGUCCUGAUACUGAAUUGAGCUAAUGCUAGCUUGUGUCAGGUUAUGUAUGUUUUAUUUAAGUGAUUAUUAAUAUCUCAGUAAGAUGCUGAAAACAAUGUUCAUUAUGUGUGUCACUGAACAGUUCCUCGCGUCAUUCCCCAUACUCUUUACCCAAAUUAGUUGACUUUACUCGCAAAUCGUGUGGAAACACUUUAGUUUUUACACAAGCUGAAACUAAACAUGUUGAGUUGUAUUAACAUGGAACCUUACGUUUAGUAUUUAUAUUUAUUAGUACUGUGUGCUCAAAAUCAUUAGAUAAAACUAGCUAUUAUGACUU